CGUAUAUCAAUAGUUAUACAGUUACUCUAUUAAGAAUGUCAUAAAACGAGAGAAUAUCUAAUUGGGUCGGAACCAGUAGCAAAUAUAUAUAUAUAUAUAUAUAUAUAUUAGAUGAUCGGCUAUUCAGGCUGAGAUAUAGAUUCUUAUUCAGUCUCAGUCCCGUCCGAGCACGGUCCAGUUCAUUCUGUUUCUACAGCUUAUUCAAUCUUAUUCUUAUUAGUCACAGCAAGCUGUUAAAUUGAGAAGGAGCUUUGGAUGAAGAAAAUCGAAGGGUCUUUCUAAUUCGAGGAAGGGUUUCUAGAAAGAAGACAGAUUCAGGUGAGUUUCUCGAUUUUUUGAAGGAGAACGAAAGAGGGUUUCGUCUGCGAGGGAUAAGCAGGGAAAGACCCGAGAAAGGGGAAGAACAGAGAGAAAUUUUUAAGAAAUUAAGGAGCUGGAGAGUGAGCCGAGUCAAAGGAGACAGCUUUAUCCAAGUUAGGGUUCUGCAUCUAGUUUUGAGGCCAGAUAGACCAGUGGCACAACUUAUAUUUUAGUCGAUCCAAGGUUAUCGGGGAUUCCAAGAACAAAACACAACUUCAAUUGAUUUCAAGGAUCAAACCUAUCAAUGUAAUCACUAACUAUCAUCUUCUCGUGCAAAUGCAUACCACCUAAUCCUCUCCUUCUCUUCUCAUGCCCAUUAAUGCAAAAAUUUUCUCAUUUAUUAUAUAAAACAACAAUGGGGAAUAUUUUAGUUAGAAGACCGUUAAACUUAACGCUAGCUCCAUCUCAAAGUCGUACUCUAUUGGCUCCAUGUUCCGCUUCAUCUUUCUCUUCAACUUCCUACUUCACAACCGACUCGGGAUUCAGUAACAUGGCAACAGUUUGGUCCUCUGAGUUACCUCAGGUGCCGAAAUUGGUUGAGGGAUGUGACUAUCGGCACUGGCUUGUGGUAAUGGAUGCUCCCAAGGGGUACCCACUUCGUGAUGAGAUUGUUAAUGGCUAUAUCAAGACCUUAUCCAUGGUUCUGGGAAGCGAAGAGGAUGCAAAGAGGUCAAUAUACUCUGUCUCCACCAAAUACUACUACGCAUUUGGCUGCAGAGUCCCAGAAAAUUUGACUUAUAGGAUCAAAUCUCUACCUAAUGUGAAAUGGGUUUUGCCAGAUUCCUACUUAUUUGAUGUGGAGGGUAGCUAUGGAGGAGAACCAUUUGUUGAUGGGAAGGUUGUCACAUACGAUGAGAAGUACCACGAAGACUGGUUUCGCGAUAAGAAGGAUGAAAGUGGUAGAGGUACAGAGCAUGCAAGGAAAAGCAGGAGAAGAAUGCAACACUUGCUUGAUAUCGAUUUUGGAGCCUCGAUGCUUAUGGCGAUUGCCUUGUACUGUGAGCAGAAGAUUCAGGCUUACGUGCUACAUGGGUAUGAUGCAGGAACUGGGCGUAGACAUUUUCAUUUUCAGCAAUUGUUUUGAAGAUAACACGAGGAAUCAUUCAAUUCAUUUGGGUUUUAUUAUUAAAUAUCCGUUGAGAGUAUGGAUGGCACGUGCAUAUGCGGACUUGUCAAAUACUUGCAGUCAGAGAAUGUAAGCAGCAGCUGGAUUUUGCUGUAUGGUUGUCUACGUAGUAUUGCACAGACUUUUGACAUCCCAGUAUGCAUAUGCAAUUUACCAGCCAUUAGUUACCUGAAUAAUUAGUGUGUCCAUUUCUCAACAACAGAUCAUGGUUUCGA